AUGGACCACUUCUCUUGCUGUACUACAAACAAGAUGGCAAGGACCCACGUCGUUAUCGGUUUCAGACCAUGUUGUUUCUUCUGUGUCAUGGAAGAAAAAGACCCUUGUGUUAGAAAAGCAUGUCUAGAGUUAGCUCUGAGAGAUAUGCACAUGACAAGAGACGACACAGAGCUCGCUCUCACACUCAGUUUCAUAUGGAGAUUUGCCAUGGCGGACCCCGAAAACCCUGAGUUACCCUCUCUGGGGGUCUUUGAGUGUAUGACGAGGUUGAUCAAGAAAGGUCUUGAGGAUGUAGAAUGGGUAAUGACUGGUCAAAAUGUGUAUGUUCCUUACUAUGCUGUUCAUAUCAUUGGAUCUUACACUAUGAAGAAACCUGAGUUUGCUGUGAAAGCUGUUGAGUCUGGUGUCAUUGCUCCAUUGCUUGAGCUUAUGAGAGGAAAGAUGAGUUGGGUUGAGCAAAGAGUCGUGGUUAGGGCGUUAGGUCACUUGGCGAGCUACGAGAGGACGUUUGAAGCCGUAGCUGCUUACGAGGAUGAAGUGGUGAGAUUAGCCAUGGAGAUUGCAACGACGUGUGUUGAUGUUGUCUACGAAGAGUUUGUGAGUGUUCAAGAAAGAGAAGGAACAGUGAGGUAUCACAGUGAGUUGCUUACUAGAGGACUUGGAGGGUUAGAAAUGGAAGACCGAAAAGCGGAGGAAUGGGCAAGCCAGCUCCAAUGCUGGUCACUCCAUUUACUCAAUUGCUUUGCUUACAAGGAAAGGUCUAUUUCCCUUAUAUGCAACAAGACCUUUCUCAAAGACCUUAGCCAAAUGUGGGGUGGAUUGGUUAACCACACGUCUCCCGCAGGCAUCGGGCUAAUCCGGAUUCUUUGUUAUAGUAGAAAAGGGAGAGGGCAUGUCUCUGGAUCUAGAGAAAUAAUACUGAGUCUAUGUAAUCUCUCCCAGUCUUCGGAUGAUUGGCAAUACAUGGGUAUAGAUUGUCUUUUGCUGCUUCUCAAAGACCAAGAAACAAGGUACAAAGUCUUAGAGACAUCAUUGUUUUAUCUAUUGGACCUAGUUGAGCUUAAAGCCCUUAACGAUAGGCAAAACCUAGGUGAUAGAAUAACUAGGGUUCUUCUAAUGGAUUACAAUAUAAAGAAAGGUUGUGUAUACACUCCCAAGACCCAAAAGGCUUUGAAAGAACUAUGGAGGGUUAAAGUAGAGAGGAGAAAGAGGGAGAGAAAGUUAAUGAGUGAUAAUCAAGAAAAUCUAACAGAGACAAGUGUUCUAGUGAGUUUGAUUAAACAGCAAGCAAACCAAUUGCUAUGUGUAGGAGACAUAGAGGGAGCUAUAAAAUGCUACAACGAAGCAAUAAGCUUGUGUCCUCUGAAACUUAGGAGAAAGAGAAUGAUUCUAUAUAGCGAUAGAGGAGAGUGUAACUUACUUCUUGGACUUGUAGAUGCGGCCAUAAGUGAUUGCACAAGAGCUCUUUGCUUGUCGGAACCUGUGAACUCACAUGGUAAGAGUCUUUGGACAAGGUCAAGAGCUUAUGACAUUAAAGGGCUUUCAAGAGAAAGCUUAAUGGAUUGUAUCAUGUUCGUCAAUGGCCGCUGCUUCCGCGGCAAAAUCCCUUACUACGCUACUCAAAUGAUCAGCAAACAGAUGGAGGCCACGUGGCUGUUUGAAGAGGCUAGAGCUUCGAGGGUUCUUCCACAGAUGAUACUCAAGGAGAAGAAUCACUUCACGGGCUUGUCAACGAUCACAGAAGAACCGGGGAAGAAGAAAGAUGGAAGGAUGAUGCAAAGGAAGAAACCUGAUCAUCCCUUAGAUUUUGAUUAA